AUGCUAAAACGGUUUAAUAGAUUAUAUAGUUCAGUUCCCUCUUCUUCUUCCUCUGCUUUGAAGGAUAAAUUAAAGGAAAUAAUACCUUUACAAAGAUCAAAAUUAACUAAUUUGAAAAAAAAUUAUUCAAAUGUUAAAAUUGAUGAUAUCACAAUUGGUUCAAUAAUUGGUGGUAUGCGUGGUAAUCAAUCUAUGUUAUGGGAUGGUACAACUUUAUCAGCAAUUGACGGUAUUAAAUUUAAAGGUUUGACAAUUAAACAAUGUCAAACUUUUUUACCUGGUAAAAAUGGGAUUUUCUUACCUGAAUCAAUGAUUUGGUUAUUAUUAACAGGUUCAAUACCAACAAAAAAUGAAACACAAAGUAUAAUUCUUUUAUUUAAUGAAAUUUUACAAAAACAAAAUAAUUGUUUACCUGAAGAUGUUGAUUUAAUUAUGAAUAAAUUACCAUUAACAAUGCAUCCAAUGACUCAAUUAUCAAUUGGUCUUGAAUGUUUAAGUAAUAAUUCAAGUUUUGCAAAAUUAUAUAGAGAUGGUAAAAUUAAUAAAAAAAAUUAUUGGGAUUCAACUUUUGAUGAUUCAAUGAUUUUAAUUGCAAAUUUACCUCUAUUAAUUGGUAAAAUUUAUUCAAAUAUAAUUUCAAAUGGUAAACCUUUAGGUAAAAUUAAUAAUUCAAUGGAUUGGAGUUAUAAUAUUUGUUCAAUGUUAGGAAUGAAUUCAAAUAACGAUUCAAUUAAUAAGAAUAAUUUAUCAAAUGAACAAUUAAAUGAUUUUAAUAAUUUAAUGAGACUUUAUUUAGGUAUUCAUGUUGAUCAUGAAGGUGGUAAUGUAUCUGCUCAUGCUACUCAUCUAGUCGGUAGUACAUUGGCUGAUCCCUUUUUAAGUUAUGCUUCAGGGAUUAAUGGUCUUGCCGGACCAUUACAUGGUUUAGCCGCACAAGAAGUUGUUAGAUUUUUAAUUAAUUUAGAGAAAGAUAUCAAAGAUAUUAAUAAUAAUGAAAUUAUUGAAAAUAAAAUUUGGGAAUUAUUAAAUUCAAACAAAGUUAUACCAGGUUAUGGUCAUGCAGUAUUACGCAAACCUGAUCCAAGAUUUAAUGCCAUGCUAGAAUUCGUUGAACAAAGACCAAAAGAAUUUUUAAAUGAUUCACAUAUUCAAUUAAUGCAAAAAUUAUCAAAUUUGGUACCAUCAAUCUUAUUAAAACAAGGGAAAUGUAAUAAUCCAUAUCCAAACGUCGAUGCCGCAUCAGGUAUAUUGUUUUAUCAUUAUGGUAUCAAAGAGUUAUUAUUUUUUACAGUGAUCUUCGGUUGUUCAAGAUCAAUUGGUCCAUUAAUUCAAUUGAUUUGGGAUAGAAUUUAUGGUUUGCCAAUUGAAAGACCAAAAUCACUAGAUUUAAAGACAUUGGAGAAAUUAUCAAAGUCACGCAUUUCAUAA